GACACUUCGUUUUGUAGGAAAACACUAUUUUUAUUAGACAAAAUUGAGGUUAUAAAUAAAAUCUUAAGACUUUUGUCACUAAAUUAGACAUUUAUCUUUAUAAAAAUUGUAAAACAAAUGUUAAUACCACUUUAUUAGUUUAUAGUAACUACACAAAUACCACUAUGGCUAAUUCAUUGCUAUCCAAGAUGGGAACCUUGCGGUUAGGCCCAGCAGCUAUCUACAUUCACCCAGUUCGUACUACAACAUCAAAACAUUGGGAUCCCAAGUUCAAAAAGCUUAGAGCUCAGAAGUAUAUGAAAUUUGAGUUGCCUGACUAUAAUGAGGAUAUAAGUGCUAUGUCACCAGAAAGGAUCAGGCAAAAAAUGAAGGAGCGGGGAGUUUUACCACCAAGACAGUGGAUGGAGCGACCAUUCUAUAUAUCUGCCACAGGUGGAGUAUUUGAACCAUAUGUUCCACCAGAGGGAGAUGGUAAGGCUUCUAUUGUAUCAACCACUCGUGCCAAACAAACCGUGGAACUCCUUGAGAAAAAAUCAAAAUCCAUGAUGGCCAUCCGCAAAAUAAAGUCUUACGAGGAGGAUUUCGAAUCCAAAGAGUUCCCACAAUUAGCUCAGAAGAUUUAUAUUGCAGCACAUGAAAGUUUAGUAAAUGGCGACAAGAAGGCACUCCGUGAAUAUGUUACAGAGAAGGCUUAUCCAGAAUUUAGGCACAAUUCACAUCAAAAAACCCUCAGAUGGAGGUUCUUGGAGUCUUUGGAACCUCCCAGAAUUGUACACGCCCGGUGUACUGAUGUUGUUUCAAAAGAAAAUAUUUUUGGGCAGGUUACUGUCCGGUUCCACACACGGCAACAACUCGCCGUGUAUGAUCGCUUCGGGCGGCUCAUUCACGGCAGCGAAAUCCUAGCGAAAGACGUGCUCGAGUAUGUAGUCUUUGAAAAACAUCUCUCCAACAUGUAUGGGACUUGGCGGAUACACGACAAGAUCAUACCAGACUGGGCGCCUCCCAAGGAGCCGUCAAAGCUAACGCAAUGGAAGCCGGAGCCCGAACCAGUGCCAGAAGCAAAGGUGGAAGAAACUCCAGCUAUAGCUGAUAAAUAAUCUUGUAGAUAUAUGAAUAAAUAGUUUAGGUUUUA